AUGGAAAAGAACGAUGGAGGCGAAUCUCCCAAGGAUUCAAGCCCACCAAAUCCGUCACCCGCUCCAGAAGCAUCUCCACCACCACCUCCUCCUGCAUCCGACGCACCGCCUCCUGGGAACUCCACCACUUCUCCACCUCCUCCACCACCUUCACAACCAAACUCCCCUGCUCCAACCUCUUCACAAUCACCACCCCCACUCCCACCCAAACAAGGCUCUCCCUCGUCCUCGCCUCCCCCGCCACCACCACAGCGGAGCGGAACACCAUCAGGGAACACUACAUCACCUCCCAGCGGGUCCAAUCCAGUUGCUCCUGCGGCCCCUGGGAGAUCAACACACCCAUCUCGCGGUGCCCCUGCAGCACAAAACUCCCCACCUUCUUCAGGCUCCUCUGGUAGUGACUCCUCACCAUCUUCUGACUCCGGACCAAUUAUUGCUGGAGUAGUUGUGGCAGGAGCUGUGGCUGUUGCUUUUCUCUUGGUUUGGCUAAUGUGUUCCAAGAAAAAGAAGAAACAGCCAUACUAUAUGGAUCAUGGACGUCCCCCGAAAGGUCUGUCAGAUGCAUACUAUAAUGGCUCCAGUCUUUGGAACAACCCGAACCCAGAGCACGUUGUUAAGGUUCCACCACCACCAGGUGGGAUGGCAGGCCCCGGUGGUGGCUGGGCUGCUGCACCUCUAACACCCGACGGAAAUGCAAGCAGUGAAUAUAGCUCAAACUUUGGGCAUAAUCCUGCAAGUUUACCACCUCCAUCACCAGGUCUAGGUGGAUUUAACAAGAGCCAGUUCGGGUACGAGGAGCUAGCUGCGGCUACUGGUGGGUUUUCUCAAGCUAAUUUGCUGGGCCAAGGUGGAUUUGGGUAUGUACACAAAGGUGUUCUGACUGAUGGAAGGGAGGUCGCUGUUAAGAGCUUGAAGUCAGGUAGUGGGCAAGGCGAGAGAGAAUUUCAGGCUGAGGUCGAAAUCAUUAGCCGUGUCCAUCAUCGGCACCUUGUGUCACUUGUUGGAUACUGUAUUGCUGACGGACAAAGGAUGUUGGUUUAUGAAUUUGUUACAAACAAGACCUUGGAGUUCCAUCUUCAUGGAAAGGGUCAGCCGGUCAUGGAUUGGGCGGUUAGGCUUCGGAUUGCAUUAGGAUCAGCAAAAGGCCUGGCUUACCUCCACGAAGAUUGCUAUCCUAAAAUUAUCCACCGUGACAUCAAGGCAGCCAACAUUCUACUCGAUGACAAGUUUGAAGCUAUGGUGGCAGAUUUUGGAUUGGCAAAGCUCUCUUCUGAUAAUUAUACUCAUGUCUCAACUCGCGUCAUGGGGACUUUCGGGUAUCUGGCUCCUGAGUAUGCAUCGAGUGGAAAGCUAACAGAAAAAUCAGAUGUCUUCUCAUACGGGGUCAUGCUCUUAGAGCUCAUAACUGGGAAGAGACCUGUUGAUCCCACCAAUAAAUUCAUGGAAGAUAGUUUGGUGGACUGGGCUCGACCACUACUUUCUAAGGCACUUGAAGAUGGUGACUAUAGUGAGAUAGUUGAUCCACGUUUAGAAGGAAACUAUGUCGCCCAUGAGAUGGCUAGAAUGAUAGCCGCCGCUGCUGCAUGUAUUCGUCAUUCUGCUAGAAGACGCCCAAAAAUGAGCCAGAUUGUGCACGCCCUGGACGGAGAUUCGUCACUGGAGGACUUGAACAAUGGUCCAAAGCAAAAUCAAAAAGGUGGCCUUGGUUCACAAGGCGCGGUCGAGUCACAGACGUAUGACACUAAAAUGUACAAUGCUGACAUGAACAGGUUCAGGAAGAUGAUAAUGAAUACCCAGGAGUAUAACAGCAGCGAAUUCGGUGCAACUAGUGACUAUGGGCUGAAUCCGUCCGCUUCAAGCAGUGACUCCAGAGAGUCUGCUGCUGAGCACCAGAAGCCGAAACCAUCGACCGGCCUAACUGCUGAACACUAG